CUCACACCUCUUCCUACGUUCGAGCCUCUCGAAAGAUGAUUGCCCGCAAGAUCGAGCCGCUCAAGUGCAUGGGCAACUGGUUCGUGCAGGUCGCCAUCCCGACGCCCUUCGACCGCGGGGCUCACAACGGGCUUGAGCAGUACAGCUGGGACGAGGAGGAGCAGCGGGUCAAGGUCAAGUACACGUUCUCGUCUGGAUCGUUCGAAGCAAAGCCGACCGUCGUCUACCAGAAGGGCCGUGUCGCGCCCGGCAGCGAGGACGGCACCCUCUGGCAGGUCAAGCCGUGGCUCAAGCUCUGCUACCUCCCAGUGUGGCUAUCAUACGUCAUCAUCGACGUCGACGAGGCCUAUUCGCACAUGGUCUGCUCCUCGCCGAAGACGAGCGGCGCCGGCGCGUGGAUGUACAUCAUGACGCGUGAGCCCGUCGUCGACGAUGCCCUCCUCGAGCCGCUGAAGCAAGCUGCCGCCGCAGCCGGCUGGGACCUGAGCAAAGCGGAGCGCGUGCCGCAGCAGCAGCGAAGCGUGCCGCCGCCGUGAUCCUCGAGCUGAUCCUCGGUUUCUCGAUUCUCGUUCGUGCUCACACUCUGCACCGCUCGCUGGGCGCUCUCACUUGUUCUGUCUCUCUGUACGUUCCAGCUUCCACCGGCACCGCCUCCUCUGCUCUAUGAGCCACGAAAGAGGGGGUGUCCUGUGUAUGGGCACAGUGUAUGGGUCGAUAUAAUGUUUUAAUGAUAAUGU